UGUAAGUGAGGUAGCCCUGUUCUUCUAAGUGGGCAAUAAAAACCUCUGCCCGCUCCUCACAGACGAAUUACUCCAGCUCUCUGCAGCACGCAGGCUCACCUCUUUGAAGAGACAGACAGAGCUUCAGCAUGGUGUCUGGCGGAAGACAGAUUCUGGGUUUGGCCCUGGCCAUCAUCGGUUUUCUGGGCAGCAUCAUCAUCUGCGCUCUCCCCACCUGGAAAGUCACAGCCUUCAUUGGAGCCAACAUCGUCACUUCUCAGGUAAUCUGGGAGGGUCUGUGGAUGAACUGUGUGACCCAGAGUACAGGCCAGAUGCAGUGCAAAGUCUACGACUCUCUCCUGGCCUUACCCCAAGACCUGCAGGCUGCCAGAGCACUCACCAUCAUCGCCAUCAUCGCUGGGGUCUUUGGGAUCCUUCUUGGUGUGGUCGGGGGCAAGUGCACCAACUUUGUGGAGGACGAAAGGCAAAAAUGCAAAGUGGCCAUCGCUGCCGGAAUUGUCUUUAUUAUCGCAGGCCUUUUGGUGCUGAUCCCCGUCUGCUGGACCGCCAACACAAUCAUUCGUGAUUUCUACAACCCCAUCAUGACCAACGCUCAGAGGAGGGAGCUGGGAGCCUCGCUCUACAUCGGCUGGGGCUCCGCGGGGCUGCUGUUCCUGGGUGGGGGCCUCCUCUGCAGCUCCUGUCCCCCCAGAGAUGAGAAUGACUAUGAUGUGAAGUACGCCAAGGCUCGCUCUAUGGAAAGCAGCAAGGCCUACGUUUAGAUCUUCAGUGAGAAGCAGAACUGGGACAGUCUGUUAGAAAGUGAUAAGACAAAGAGUUUAGGAAAGUUUUACCUUCUGUUUGUCCCAUGAGGAUAAGUUCAUUCAGAAAAAUAAUGUUUAUGAUGUGGUUGGGAACUUUUGCAAUAUGAACGUGUAACUUGUGCAUGUGUUUUAGUCUUAAAAACAUCCAUAAGAAUCAUAAAUGUUGUAAAAUGUGCAUUUUUUUAUCUUAUAAGUUGGACACUUUCAUACAGUUUUUUGUUUAUGUUUCAAACACUCACACAUGAUGUUCUCCAUGGCAUGAGAGAUUCAGAAUAUGACUGCUAUAUGUGAAAUACAUUAUCUAUUUAUAUGAAAUCUGCCUGUGCAGUCACUGUUUCUGUUGAAAUCUGAUGAUUUCUGCUAUUUCUCGAUCAAAUUAGAAUGAUUAUGUAAGUGAUUCACUAAGAAGCUGUUUGAAUAUAACUUUCUGAGUCAGUGUUUUUAUCUGUAUACUGUUAACAUUUAAAUCAGUUGUAAAACGCAUUGCUGUGAGUGUGUGAGACUGUUUUCUUGAGACCUCCUGUCACUGUGUUUUUUUCUCUUUGAAGGGAAGAACAGUUACAGGGAUAACGUGCCAAAGAACUGGCUGAACUGUGGAUCUGGUUUUUCCAGUGUACAUGAAAGAAUCCUUGCAAACAGGUUGUGUCACAAUGUGAGCUUCCUGCCAAAGAGACGUUGUUAAAUAAACAAAGAGACUGAGUGAUA